CAGCUCUCGAGCCCGCUCGCCCGCCCACCGCGCGCCACUCCACACCGGGUGCAGCGCGUGAGGUUGAUGCCAGCCAGAGAUAGAUGGAUUGGCGAGGGAGGAAAAACCUGCACAGUGACACAACUAGAGUAAAGAGGAGGCGUUUGACGAGUGAGGAAAAACUGAGAGAGUUACGGAACAAAUCCAGAGAAGAGGGAAGCGGGAAAAAGCAGGAAUCCUCCUGCUGACUGGUUCCUGUCUGCCCGCACCGAUGUCCAAGGCCCGUCCGGUGACAGCAGGAGACAACCAACCGAGACAGAGCGCACAGAAACGGCCGUUGGGGUUGGAAGGCUUCGGGGAACCGCUGGAGCUCUUCUCUGUGACUGAGACCAUGGAUUCACCCACAGAUCUUUUUGAUGAUUCUGCUCCCCAGAUACACACAUUUGCUCCAACUCUCAACUCCACAGAUCUUGCUGGAAUCCAUCCUCAGGCUAAUGCUGGCCGCCUUACUCCUGCCUUUAGACCCCCCGGCUUUCCACUGAUCCACCAUCUCCUCCAGCCGGGUGGAGGCCCCAGGAGGAUCGGAGGGCUGCUGAACACAAGCCUGAGCACACACAGACACCUGGAGGACAGAAAUGUGGAGGAAGAUGAAGGAGAGAGGGAUGGACACGUGGAGCAAAGAAUGGAAGGGGGAGAUGAGGGGGCGAUAGAGGGAAAGGACGACUUGCUCGGGGUUAAGAAGAGGCACAAUGACGCGGCUCUCGCAGUCGAAUGGAAUCAAGACAUCCUGAAAGUGAAGAGGAUGAAGCUGGAGAACCGACAGAGGGAUGGAGAGGCCGAUGAGGGAGGCAAACAAGGAGGGAGGGAAGAGAGGAGAAGGGAAAGGGAAGAGCUGAAAGAACAGCUGGAGGAGGCAAGGGAGAGACUGCAGGCUUUGCAGGAGAAAGUGUGGAGAGCUUUUGGGGAAAAGCACAUGGCCGAGGAUGAGAAGAAAAGGAAGCGCAGAAACGGAAGCAGCGGUGGAGUUGAUGGGAGAGAAGAGGAUGUAGGGCUAAUAGAGGAGGAGGACAUGACAGAAGGGAUGUACGAUGAGGAAGACACUGAUGGCGGAGAGAUGGAAAAGGAAUCAUUUUCCCUGCUUUCCGAGUCCCCUUUCGACAGCUUCCACAAACGGAAAGAGGAGCUGCAAAAAGACCGAGAAAGAAGGAUGGAGAGAGGAAGAGGAGGAGGAGGGUUGCACUUGGAGGGUGUGAUGGAGGGAUCCGGGUUGUGGCUGGACUGCGGAGGUUUGGUCAGAGGAGACUGGGAUGGCGGGAUAGAUGACGAGAGUGAGGAGGGAGGGCAGAAGUUUGCCGCGGCGCUGAAGCUGGAGUUGGGCAGCGCUGUGGCCCGGGUCAUCGACCGAGUUCUCCGCCUUUACACCGAGAUGACCGAUUUCGCUCCUUCCUCUCCUCCCGCUGCCAUCUCUUUUCUCCCAUCUGAUCCGGGAAGCGACGGAGGGAAGGAGAAGGCAGUGUGGAUGGGGCUGUUAACGAGAGGAAGAAGAGAAGAAACAAUGAGCGAUAAGGAGGACAAAACAAGAGGGCAGGACGGAGAAAGAGAGAAGCAGCUCCACAAGAUGAGCAACGGGAGCGCCCUGCCCCCGCGACCACCCCGUCGGACUGAACCGUCCGAUUUAGCGAUGCCACUGACUCUUCAAAGGUCACCUGACACGCGAAAGGCCUACCCACUCCUUGGCCCACCUCUCCCCACUCACCUCAAUCCCUCUCACCCAAACCUCUCCCUGCACCACCCUUCUUUGCCUCGUCCUCCUCCCCUUUCUCACCCUCCCCUCUUGCCUCCAGCCUCUCAGCCCAAGGAUCCCUCCUCCUCCUCCUCUUUCCACCCGUCUUCAACCUCCUCCUCUUCUUCCUCCUCUUCUUUCCCUGCGCCUCCCCCUCCUCCCCCGCCUCCGCCCCCUCCUCUCCCUCUCCCCUUGCUCCACUACUCAAUGCAGCAGCUUUUCUCCCGCUCACUCCACCACCCUCAGCUCCCCCACCUCCCGUCAUCCCGCAAAGACUACCUGAACUCUGACCCUUUCUUGGAGUUCUCUUCCCACCCAUCGUCUCACCCCUCCUUCCCCCCGCUCCCCUUGCUCGGCCACCUGGACCCGUCGCUUGCACGCCACGCGCACGGGGGGAGAGAGAGGGAGCGAGUGAUGAGGGGAGAUGGGGGCAUGCGAGGAGGAGGGAUGGAUGGAGGAGAGCUCUACCUGACUGCUGGGGGGACCCAGGAGGGCUUGUCACCCUGCCAUCUGAAGAAAGCCAAGCUCAUGUUCUUCUACACUCGCUAUCCCAGCUCCAACACGCUCAAGACAUAUUUCCCUGAUGUCAAGUUUAAUCGCUGUGUGACCUCCCAGAUGAUUAAAUGGUUCAGUAACUUCAGAGAGUUCUUCUACAUCCAGAUGGAGCGCUUUGCACGCCAGGCUGUCCGCGAGGCUCUCACCCGGGAUGGUGCGCCUCGUAUUAGCCGAGAGAGUCAGCUGCGAGUGGGACGUGAUACGGAGCUUUACCGCAUACUGAACAUGCACUACAAUAAAAGCAACAUCUACCAGGUUCCAGAGAGGUUCAUCGAGGUGUCUGAAGUGGCUCUGAGAGAGUUUUACUCAGCCAUUUGGACGGGGAGAGACAGCGACCCCUGCUGGAAGAAAGGAAUAUACAAAAUUAUCUGUAAACUUGACAGUCCUCUACCAGAUGCAUUCAGGCUGCCAGGUUGUCCAGUUGGCUAAUGAUUGCACAGCUUUUACCUGGUCCGUGUGCACAAAUGCAUGCUCAGACAUAAUUUGACUAAAACAAGGCAUUAAAUCAUUCAGAAACUGGUACAUUUCAGACAUCGCAAACUGAUCUGUAACCAUCCAAAAGAUCAUUUAGAACUAUUACAGAAUUUCGACUGACUUGCAGAGGAAUACAUACACUUUCUCAUACUGACAGGCAGGUUUUGUAUACAGGCUCAACAGCAAUCCCCCAGUGCUGCAGUCUUGUGACCGCACUUAUCAAGGAACGUGACCAUACCAUUGAAUUAAAAUGGACAGAGCAGGAAUUCCUUCUCCAAACAUUCUUCAGCAGCCAGCUUCUUGCAUGAAAUCUAAAGCUAUUAUUAAAAGCACACUCUCACAGUAGUUUUGUGAAAUAGACACAAAAUACAAUUUUUGAACUUCACGUUCAUGGAAACAAAUUGACUCUUUUCUUUUUUUAGUGUGGACAUUGACGCAAAAGUCAGUCACAUAGCAAAGCUUCCAGUUUCCAAGAGCACCAACGUACAUGAUAAGACGCUUCAGGUCUGUUGUUGGCGUAAGCUUCAGUUUCACUGAAGAGGGUUAGGGUUCAAAUUCAGCACUGCUUUCCCCGCUGAUUUUUCAGUUGCUGUUUCAUUAGCUGGGACCACAUCCUCAUUUUAGGUUUGACACCAUUUCUGGUAGAUAAUGGAACAUGGCUUGAGGAUGAAUUGAGGCUGUGAUUUGGAGAAGGCCUCAGAGGGGACUGACGAUGACCCGUGGGCCGGGCAAAUCCCGCUGUACUAAUGAGAAGUGAAGAAAACAAGAACAAACAGCUUGUAGUUGCAAUGGGGGGGUCACAUAUAGACAGAGAACUGGAGGUGCGGUUACGCUCAGAUAAAUUAUCUCCGGUUGGUUUGGUUUAAGGGCCAGAACCACUUUCUAGGAUGCUGCCAUAAAUAAUAUUUACGUUUAAAACAACGUUUUAAAGUCUCAUUAAAAAAAAUGACAACCUUUACAUCCAAAUUUGAGCAAGAAUGCUGUUCUUACUGCUGGAAACCAGAAAAGUCAAAGCUUCAGAUUCGCUCUGACACACAGUCCGAACGCGCAUCACCUUUGACGAUUAGGUAACCGGCUCCUCUGGCUUCAUCACUAAUGAGCGGUGUUCCUACUCGGAAAAUCGCUGCUAAACAUUUUAAAUAUAAAGCAGCGAUGUUGCUGUGCGAUGAUUAACAAUCUCGCACAAACAGUACUUAACAAUCACACUCAAACAUUUCAGGGCUGCCCUCCCUCAGGGGGCGUUCAUCAUGAAAUGACCUUUUAACGCUGCCUUGUGUGUGGGCUUCUCCAUCAGGAUUUUAUCUUUCAUUUUUAUUUUCUCUCCAACAACAUCGUACCGUCAGGUUUCAUCCGAAGUUCAAAAGAUUAAGAUUUUCAAAAUGAAGUUGAUCUUGUUUCACGGCACGAUCUGGUCGGUGGGUUUUGGGGGUUUUUUUGUUUUUGCUGCUUGUGUAUGCCUCUCAUCUCUCUGUUCAGUAUUAAAUUAUUAUCAAGCUUUUGUACAUGCAGUCAAAUCAAAACAGCUGUUCUUUCAAGAGGGACAUUAUAUUGAAUUUAAAACAGUAUAAUUAAUGUUUUGUUCUUUCCUUGAUGUGCUCUUAUUGCUGAUAUAUUUACGUAUGUUUUUGAAUUCUUUUUAAAGUGUUGCUAAUCUAAAUAGUUCACUUGCACAAUAAGUAUAUAUAAUUAUAUACAGUAUAUAUCAACAUUUGUUUUCCAAAAGGGGGAAACUUUCACUCUCUCCGCUCUAUAUCAUGACUUUUAUCUCGAGGAAAGAUGGGUUUCUCUUCAAGAAAAUGUCGACCGACAGCCUCGACCUAUCCGUGACGUGUUAUCAAGUGCAUGUUUCCUACAUUUCCGUUUUGCGUUGUAAUCUUUUAUGUCCCUCUAUUUUAUAUUGUACAUAGUGUAUUCUUUACUGUAGAUCUGUGCCUCGUUCAGACUUUGGUGAAUUUUGAUGUUUAAACUUAUCAUGAAUUAAAGAGAUACAAGGCUUGUGUGGUGAUUUGUGGAUACACACAUAGACAAACGGAAGCUUUCUAGUGUUUGGGUCUUGGGGUCCAACAUUUGUGCCAGCAUGCAUUAAGGCUUCAAUCUAAAAACACCUUCACAUGCUCACUGACACUAAUACUUUAUGAUGGCUCUGCCCGCCACUUAGUCUCGCCUCCUGAGACAGCAGCGCACACACACAAACUCACACUGGCAUGUCUACUUUUUUUCCCCCCAACAAUGAGUCCAGUCACCUAGUUAAGUGAAGUUACAUUCUCAAAAUAGUAGUAUUAUUUUGGUAUUUUUGCAAGACUUUCUUUGUCCACAUUUAAGAAUUAUUUGUGAAAAAUCCUCGCUUCUUUCUAUUUAUCAAUCCAUUCAUCAGUUUAUUACCUUCUGUCUUGUAUUACCUUCUGCAACAUACCAUUUGUUUUUCUACUUACUUUUGUAACCCAGUGGUGUAAAUCACAUAAACAAUUCCUAUGAAAGCUAACAGCGCUGAUUCAUAAUUCUGAAGCUCCUUUCUAAUGACAUAUCAUUAGAAAUUGUGUGGCAUGUUAUUACAGAAAACAGUUAGUUAUUUCUAGUCAGCCUUGAAUGAUGUAACACUGGCUAUGUGUCAGGAAUUAGUAAGCUUAUUAUUAGUGCAGAGGUGAAUCUGACAUGCUUAAAAUGUUUGACAUAUACCCUAUAAAAAUGACAUGGUCACAGGAC